AUGCUCGCUACCCUCUUUCUGGCCGCCUGUGCCCUCCAGACGCGUGCCAUUGGGCUCGCCCAAGCCUCCCAAGAUGAGGCGCCCAUGAUUCGGAGCUACAUCCAGGCCGGUGGCCAGUACGCCGAGAACAGCGCCGGAGAGCAUAUUUUCCAAGACCAGAUCUACGUGGAGCACCUGGUCCCCGUGCAUGGUGUCACCCAACGUCAUCCCAUAGUGUUCUUGCACGGCGCGGCACAGACAGCAACGAAUUGGCUGAACAAGCCCGACGGCGGUCGAGGGUGGGCAUCUCGCUUCAUCGAGCAAGGUUACGAGCUUUAUCUCGUCGACCAGCCGUCACGCGGUCGCUCGACAUGGCAACCAGCCACUGGACCCGAGUUGGAUCCACCCUUUGCGGCUGAGAACCUGCAGCAGCGUUUUACCGCCAGCGAGAAGUACAACCUCUGGCCACAGGCAGCAUUGCAUACGCAGUGGAACGGCACCGGCUUAAUGGGAGACCCAAUAUUCGAUCGCUUCUACAGCUCCCAGGUGCAGUACACAUCCAACCUGACGUUUCAGCAACACAAGACCCAAGCAGCGGGUGCUGCCCUGCUCGACGGAAUUGGAAAGCCCGUCAUUCUUGUGGGACACUCCGCAGGGGGUCAGCUGCCGAUAGUCAUCGCGGACGCCCGCCCAGGUCUCACGGCAGGCCUGAUACUCCUGGAGCCAUCUGGCCCGCCCUUCGAGAACGCGGGCGUGCAAGGAAACGGCUCUGCUCGUGCCUGGGGAGUUGCGGAUAUCCCGCUCACGUAUGACCCGCCAGUCACUGACCCUGCCGUCGACCUGGUCAAGCAGACCGUUGCGGCGCUUGACGAGGAUCACGUCAACUGCACUCUGCAGGCGGAUAGUCCUGCACCUCGCAAGUUGGUCAACCUGGCUGGCAAACCCUUUUUGGUGGUGACAUCAGAGUCGUCAUUCCAUGCGCAGUACGACUACUGCAUCGUGGAUUAUCUCCGACAGGCAGGAUGCAGUUCUCUGGAAUAUGUCGAGCUUGGAGCAGCGGGGAUUCAUGGCAAUGGACACAUGAUGUUUCUAGAGAAGAAUAGCGAUGACAUCCAGAACCUUUUGCAGGAAUGGAUUGCGAUGCUAAAUUAA